AGUGAUGAUAUAUACGGAGUAGAUGGGAUGAAUCUGGGUGAACCUCCACCCCCACCAAAACGCCAAGAUCUGUUGCCAUCCCCAGGAAAGCUUCAAUUUUUUGGGUUGUUUUGAAAUUCUAUCUUCCUCACACACAUUCCCUCCCGCUCAGCGUUUCAGAUAUGGUCGGCAAGAAGCGCAAGGCGAAGGAAAUUGAGGCGACAACUGCCACCAGAGAAAGUAGGAAAAUCAAGAUUGCAGCUUUUAGUNGCAAAGAGGGGCACAAUUCCCAUUAUUCCAGAAGAAAUCAUGUUUAACAUCCUUCUCUGCCUUUCAGCGGAUGUUCUUUAUAAUGUAAUGAGAUAUGUUUGCCGCAAUUGGUACGACAUAAUCCAAAGUCCGGCUUUUAUUUAUGCCCACCUGCAACACCAAAAGUCAAGAGCUGCAGGCUUCCUCUUCCAAAGAUUCAAUUAUUCCAGGCCUUUGGUCCAUGUGCAUCUGGGAGAGAUGUCCUCAGAUGUUGAGUUAAGGCAGCUAGCAUUUCCGUUUCGUGGUUUUGCUGUGUCUACUUGUAACGGACUAGUUUGGUUACUCGAUUAUUCUGGGCGUCGGCACUCUUGGCUUGUAAAUCCUGUUACAAAGCAGCACUUAGCUCUCCCUCCAUUUGAUCAUUUUCUGGAUAUGAAGAGUUACUAUCUGCAAAAAAGAAACUGUAGCUUAGGAUACGCAGCCUCUUCUGGAGUGUACAAAGUGGUAUAUUAUCCACCCAAUAGUGUAGCAUGUGCGAUACACACUGUUGGUGUUGAUAAUAAUUCUUGGAGACCCGUUUCCAUAAAUAUUAGUGAGAGGGGGUUCACUUCUUCUUCGUCGCCCUAUUUUUAUGAACCUUUAACCCUUGGGGGUUUCAUUUAUUGGCUUUCAAAUACCCUCCCGUUUAUCCUUAGUCUAAAUGUAGAAACCGAGAUUUUUAAGCAGAUUUCUAUUCAGCAACUUCUUCCACAAACGGCUUUUGGCUACAUACCGUGCUUCAAUCUUUUUUGCAAUGGGGAGUUCCCUUACCCUUGUGAUGAUGAGUGAAGAAUACUUGUGGCAGGUUUGGUUGUUGACAGAUUCGGAGGAAACUGGGGAAUGGGAAAGAUUAUGUGACAUAAAUUUACAAGGUCAAAGCCAGACUCUUCUAGAUUUGUAUGGUCCUGAGGUACAAUAUAUUCGCCCUAUUGGGUGGUUGCGGAGCAGAGAGCUUCUGGUGUUUAAUAUACUACUACGUUCACCAACUAAGUUAGUUUAUAAUGUUAAAACUGGAGGAAUUCAUUCGUCAUUUGAAGAGGGAAGCAACGGCAAGUAUUACCUUAGACUUGAUUCGUG